UUCUCACUGCGGCCAGUCAGUUGCGGCGUUCGAGGAAAUCGCAGUCCGUUGGAUCCCUCUCGAUUUUCCCGAUACCACCGUUAAUAAUUUAGUAAAAGGGGUGCAACGACUUUUACUUAAUAAAUUAUUAGUUUUUAUUGACGUUUAUAGGGAAGUAACGUUAGUUUCCUUUGACAUUUGAACCCGUGCCGACGGCAUGGUCUGAAUUGAAAUAGUGACCGUAGUGUUUUUGGGGGGUAGUGCUCUGGGAUUUACCGAUUUUUCGACGAAAUGGAGGGCGAACACGAUUCCUCUGCCCCGAACAACGACGACAAAGUCAAGCGGAUGUUCUCGUGGAGCAACAACGCAAUAAGUGAAGGAUCAACGAUGGGCGAUAGGGUAGAACCGACGGUUCCAGGACCGGACCUAGUAGGGGUCAACGUAGAGAGGCCACCCCUGACACACCAACAGUCCACCGUGUGGAACAACAGACAGCAAGCUGUGUGCGUGAGGCACGCCUUCAAACACUAUGGAUCCAAGAAGAAGCCUAACCACGUCCUCAGCAAUUUGAAUAUGACAGUGGCCAAAGGAACGAUAUACGGUCUGCUGGGCGCCUCCGGCUGCGGAAAGACCACGCUCCUAUCCUGCAUCGUAGGUAGGAGGAGGCUCAACUCGGGCGAGAUCUGGGUGUUAGGCGGCAGACCCGGCACCAGGGGCUCCGGUGUACCCGGGAAGAGGGUGGGUUACAUGCCCCAGGAGAUCGCCCUCUACGGCGAGUUCACCAUCAAGGAGACCAUGAUGUACUUCGGGUGGAUCUUUGGCAUGGAAUCGAAGGAGAUUUACGAAAGACUGCAGUUCCUGUUGAACUUUCUGGAUUUACCUAGUCAGAAUAGGAUGGUGAAGAACCUCAGUGGUGGGCAACAGAGGAGGGUUUCCUUUGCAGUGGCCCUCAUGCACGAUCCCGAACUGCUCAUCCUCGACGAACCGACCGUAGGUGUUGAUCCUUUGUUGCGACAAAGUAUAUGGAAUCACCUUGUUCAAAUCACGAAGGGCGGCAACAAGACCGUCAUCAUCACGACGCAUUACAUCGAAGAAGCCAGACAGGCACAUACGAUUGGCCUAAUGAGAAGUGGCAAGCUACUAGCAGAAGAAUCUCCUCACGUGCUGCUAUCCAUGUAUGGAUGUACUUCUUUGGAGGAAGUGUUUUUGAAACUAUCUAGGAAACAGGUGCAGGUUGGUGCCGCACAGGCAGACCAAAAUAUUAGCAAUAACAUAAGUUUAGCUUCUCUAAAUUGGGCCAAAAAGGACUCUAUCUCCGUGACGGAGGAGAGUGGCGUAGUCGGCUUGAAUUUCCACCAGAGCAAGGAAAUUUUGGUCACCGACAGCAAUGGUCACCUCGAUGUGGGUGGUAAACCGUCUUCCUCCAAACGCAACCUCCAAGAGGCCUGCGACGACUGCGGCAAGUGCUCCGAAUGGACCACCACCGGCAAGAUCAAAGCCCUGCUCCAGAAGAACUUCCUCCGGAUGUGGAGGAACGUAGGAGUGAUGCUGUUCAUCUUCGCUUUGCCCGUCAUGCAGGUCAUCCUCUUCUGCCUGGCCAUCGGUGGCGACCCCAAAGGCCUCAAGCUGGCCAUCGUCAAUCACGAGGCCAACUACACCAACCUUACGCACCAGGGGUGCCACUACGAGAAGGGGUGCAAGUUCGGGAACCUGAGUUGCAGGUAUCUGGACACGUUGAACACCUCCACUAUAGUGAAGCAGUAUUAUGCAGACCCGGAGUUGGCGAAGAUGGCGGUGAGAAGAGGAGAGGCGUGGGGGGCGCUGUACUUCACGGAGAAUUUUACGGACGCUUUAGUGGCCAGGAUGGCUUUGGGGAAGGACGCGGACCAGGAGACGCUGGAGCAAAGUGAGGUCCGCGUCUGGUUAGACAUGUCGAAUCAACAAAUCGGUAUAAUUCUUCAGAGAGAUUUGCAGUUGGCUUACCAAAAUUUUACAAAGGAUAUACUGAAGGAUUGCGAACAUAACGAAGCACUUGCCGAAAUUCCGAUAUCUUUCAAGAAACCCAUUUAUGGAUCCAAUCAACCGUCAUUUACAGAUUUCGUAGCACCUGGAGUCAUAUUAACGAUCGUUUUCUUCUUGGCUGUGGCACUGACAUCAUCUGCAUUGAUAAUAGAAAGAAUGGAGGGGCUACUGGACAGAUCUUGGGUAGCUGGAGUGACGCCGGGCGAAAUACUGUUCUCCCACGUCGUCACCCAGUUCGUGGUGAUGUGCGGCCAAACCACGCUGGUGCUCAUCUUCAUGAUCCUCGUCUUCAAGGUGGAGUGCAGGGGCGACAUCUUCCUCGUAAUAGUCAUCACCAUCCUCCAGGGGCUCUGCGGGAUGUGCUUCGGCUUCGUCAUUUCCGCCAUAUGCGAGUUGGAGAGAAACGCCAUCCAGCUGGCAUUGGGCAGUUUCUACCCUACUCUACUUCUCAGUGGUGUCAUCUGGCCCAUAGAGGGUAUGCCGACGAUCCUGAGGUAUAUUUCCACGUUUCUACCGUUGACCUUGGCCACCACGUCCCUCAGAGCCAUGAUGACCAGGGGAUGGUCAAUGGUGGAGUCUGACGUAUACUUCGGAUUCAUCUCCACGAUAGUAUGGAUAGUGCUGUUCCUGACGAUAAGUUUGAUAGUGCUAAAAUUCAAGCGAGGCUGAAGUUCUUAGGUGUUUUUUUUAAUCGUAAGAGAGACAGUGCCCCACCUGGAUGAUCUGUACCCAUUUCUUCAUCAAUAAAUGUUUCACCGCAGCAAUCUUAUUUAUUUUCGGUACGGUCCAUAAAUUAGAAAUAAAUUAGUUCACAGUUACUUUUAUUUGUUUGGACUUGCCCUUGAAUAAGAACAAAACAUUGUAGGCUCUAGAUGCUAGGUUAAAAAUUAAAUAAAUUUUGUAUUUUUUAUACAAUUUAAUGCAAUGCACCAAUGUCUUCAUGAACAACGUCUACUUCAGAACAAAGCUCUUCGCAGGAAACGAGAAGACAGAUAUGCACCUACUAUUUAUUUAGGGUUAUAAGGGUAGUAAAAAGGAUCAAGAAAUGGAGGUUGUGUCGUUAAGACAUACUGCAUAAUCAUUUAAUGUGCUCAAUUUUAAUUUUUAUAUUGUUAUAAGAUGGUAUUGUGAUGUACGUUUGUUAUAUAGUAAAAUAAAAAGUAGGAAUAAGACA